AUGGGGGAGCAUAUCGAGAACAAGGGCACGCGCCCUAGUGCGAUCGUCGUUGGUGCUGGUGCCGGAGGUGUCGCGACUGCAGCGCGACUUGCGGCGGCAGGCUACAAGGUCACUGUAGUCGAGAAGAAUGACUUUUCUGGCGGAAGAUGCAGUUUGAUACAUCGUCGGGGAUAUAGGUUCGACCAAGGUCCGAGCUUACUACUCCUCCCUCGAUUCUUCCACGAGACAUUCGAGGACCUUGGAACCUCACUCGAUGCCGAGGGCGUCAAGUUGGUCAAGUGCGAGCCGAACUACAACGUUCACUUCCAUGAUGACACUACGUUCAAACUUUCAACCGACAUCUCCAUCAUGAAAGGUGAAAUCGAGCGAUUUGAAGGCAAAGAUGGGUUCGAGCGGUAUCUUGCUUUCCUGCAAGAGUCACAUCGCCACUACGAGGUGUCUAUCAUCCAUGUGCUGAAAAAGAAUUUCUACUCGUUACUAAGCAUGGUUCGCUUCGAUUUCUUGUUGCAUCUCUUCGAACUACAUCCGUUUGAGAGUAUCUACUACCGAGCGAGUAAAUACUUCUGGACAGAAAGAUUACGGAGAGUCUUCACCUUUGCGAGCAUGUAUAUGGGUAUGAGCCCGUUUGACGCUCCAGGAACCUACAGUCUACUGCAAUACACUGAGCUGGCUGAGGGCAUCUGGUAUCCCAUUGGCGGCUUCCAUAAAGUGGUAGAAUCUCUUGUCAACGUAGGUGAGCGCUUAGGCGUCGAAUUCAGAUUCGAUAGUCCGAUCCGCAACAUACAGCUAUCAAACGAUGGGAAGCGUGCAACUGGCGUUGUCUUCGAAGACGACAGCAAGGAACCGCUAACAGCUGACGUUGUUGUCUGUAACGCAGAUCUGGCCUAUGCAUACAACAAGCUUCUUCCGUCCACCUCAUUCGGACGAUCUCUCUUGAAAAAGGAAGCUUCUUGCUCGAGCAUAUCUUUCUACUGGGCUCUGGACCGGCAAUUUCCCGAAUUAAGCGCUCACAACAUCUUUCUCGCCGAAGACUACAAGGAAAGUUUUGAUAGUAUCUUCAAGAAGCACCUGAUACCAGAUCAACCGAGCUUUUACGUCAACGUCCCGUCCCGCGUUGACCCUUCUGCUGCGCCAGAGGGCUGUGAUUCCAUCGUCAUCUUGGUACCCGUCGGACAUUUGGAAAGCGACUCCACAAACUCACACAAGGGCUCCAAGCACACGAAAGGAUUGACUCAAGAUUGGGAUUCUAUGGUAGCAUCAGCGCGCGAUACCGUCAUCAAAACCAUGGAAGCACGACUUAACAUAUCACUUGGUCCCCACAUCAUCGAAGAAACCAUCAACACGCCACCCACGUGGAAGUCUACUUUCAAUCUCGACCGCGGCGCCAUCCUAGGUCUGAGCCACUCCUUCUUCAACGUACUCAGCUUCAGGCCGAAGACGAAGCAUCGCAGCAUCGAGGAUCUGUACUUCGUUGGUGCAAGCACCCACCCGGGCACUGGAGUUCCCAUUGUGCUCGCGGGUGCAAAACUAGUCACUGAACAGAUACUUUACGACCGGCAGCAAGAGUCUCGCAUUCCGUGGCGUCCGUUAGGCACCAAAGAGCCCAAGGCAUCGCCAGGUCCGUUGGAUCGCACGCAAAACGGACCAUAUCUCAGUUGGCUCGUUUGGAUACUGUUAAGCAUCUUCCUCGUGUUUGUAACUGUACCGGGCGCUUUGUACUAUCAAAAGGCUGGAAAUGGGUUGAUGGGCGAUUGGUAG